GGCGAGAAUGUCCCGAAGGAAGAAGCGAGAGAGCAGCUAGUCGUCGGGUGAGCUGAGUCGACUGUAUCGCUAUUUGCGGGAAGAUGCCAGACAAGGACGAUCUGGAGCGCGAGCACCGUAGCCAGACGAUUGCUGACCGUCGUCGGGCUAGUAGUGCGGUGUACCAUUUUCGUAGCAGCUGCCGUGUGCGUUCUGCGGAGUCCGUUGCUGGCAGUUCGGUUGGAUGCAAGCAGACCAUCGGUGGCGCUACUAAGCGGACCAUCCUUUCCAUCCGGGGUGGGUCGCCAUUGCCUGGGCGCAGUCUGUGGUGAGCUCCCGGGGUCCUUCCCGGACCCGGUGGACCUUCGGGUAGGGUCGACGGCGGUGGUGACGGCAGUGGUGGGUACGGUGCGUCCAUCAGGGGUAAUGUAGUGUUUGCGUGCGUGCGUCCGUGUGCGAGUGUGUCGUCGGUGUACGGUGGGCCAUUGACCGGGCUGGUGUUUCCGGGGUGCAGUGUUAGGGCACCGUUCUCGAGUACAACCCACAAACCAAUGAUGCUGUGUGCCGAGGGUGAUGCAAGCCAAACGGAUGGAUAUCAAUGCAGUUGUAGCAUUUCGAUAGUGCAUUCGUCCCAGUGCUAGGUCAGUGUGCGUUCCGUGUGUAGGUGUGUGAGGUGUGGUGUGGGCUUUUGGCUAGGAAAACAACCACGCUGCAGAAUAUCACGAGGUGUCAAGUUAUUCUGUAAGGCACUACGAUCAUCCUCGAAAAAGAUCUCGUAAAGAGCUGCCUAGAAUAACUGGUUCCGGAUAGAUUGGCUGCCGGAUUUCCACCAAGAUCAUGAUUCGGGGCAGCACAACGGACUAAAACCACUACACGACCGUGCAGCUCGUUAUCGGCUUCUUUGUUAUCAGGCCGUCAGCACGUUAGCAGCUUGCCAAAGCCUGCAGUACAGCGGGAAAACCACGGCAUAGGCCGGUAAUAGCCACCUGAGAGCAGAUAGUGUGCGAGAGAGCCUAGAGCCCUCCAGGAGUUUCCCAGAGCAACCAGACACGGCCACACAAACACACGAUGCCAGGCUUCGCAGAUAUCAAGGACCGGGCGUCCAACGUUUUCGGUGGUGGGUUCGAGAAGUUCGAAAUGCCCAAACAUGGCUACGACCAGAUGGAUGGGGCCGCGGUCGGUGGCGCCUACCAGGCCGAUACUGGCGGCAACGACUCACCGAUGUCGUUCGAGGAGAUUGAGCGACCACCGUUGCGCCACGUCGACAAGUACGUCCGGGCGGAGUGUCCCUGCAUCAAGACGACCCGCUACACGAUCUCGCUGAUGACCUGUCUGGGCUUUAUCAUAUCGUUCGGCAUGCGCUGCAACAUGGGUAUGGCCAAGCUGCAGUUCGAGAACGGGUCGGUGAAAUACAACUGGACCGUCGCGAUGGAAAGUGCUGUCGAUUCGUCAUUCUUCUGGGGCUACCUAGUAACGCAAGUGCCGGGCGGUUUCCUCGCGUCAAUGUUUCCAGCAAACCGCAUCUUCGGUACGGCCAUCGCUAUCUCGGCCUUCCUGAACCUGCUCGUCCCGGGCGCCAUGAUGCUACAUCCAACGGUCGUAAUUCUGGUUCGAGUGCUCCAGGGCCUGGUGGAGGUGAGUGACUCGGAGUGUUUGCGCCUCCAAAACUUUCCAGACUUUACAGAAGCCGUAUGCGUUUUCCUCCCCCAGGGUGUAACGUAUCCUGCCUGCCACGGUAUCUGGCGCUUCUGGGCCCCUCCGCUCGAGCGCUCCCGGCUAGCGACGAUGGCAUUCAGCGGCUCGUACGCCGGCGUCGUGAUAGGCAUGCCCAUGUCCGGCAUUCUGACCGGCUCGAUCAGCUGGCACGCACCGUUCUACUUUUACGGCGUGAUGGGCCUGAUCUGGUACUGCUUCUGGCUGUGGCUGUCGUUCGAGAAGCCGCGCCAACAUCCAACCAUCUCCGUGAAGGAGCUAAAGUACAUCGAAAAGUCGCUCGGCGAGUCGGUACAGCUGCCGAUGCCGACCAUCGCGACGACCCCGUGGCGUCACUUCCUCACCUCGAUGCCCGUGUACGCGAUCAUCGUGGCAAACUUUUGCCGAUCGUGGAACUUCUACCUGUUGGUGCUGUACCAGAGUGCCUAUCUGAAGCACUCGUUCGACUUCCGGAUUGAAGAGACCGGUAUACUUGGAGCACUGCCACAUCUGCUGAUGACGAUCAUCGUACCCUUCGGAGGCAUGCUGGCGGAUCACAUCCGAAAGUCGGGACUGCUGUCGACUACCAACGUGCGCAAGCUGUUCAACUGCGGUGGAUUCGGGCUGGAGGGUCUCUUUUUCCUGGUCGUAGCACAUGCCACUAGUUCUAUGGGUGCAGUGACGGCGCUAACGCUCGGUGUUGCCUUCAGCGGGUUCGCCAUAUCCGGUUACAACGUCAAUCAUCUGGACAUUGCGCCACGCUACGCCAGUAUUCUGAUGGGCAUGUCCAACGGCAUAGGCACGAUAGCGGGCCUGAUCUGUCCAAUCGCGAUAGACCACCUGACACGGGGGCAGCCCAAAUCAUGUUGGUCAACAGUGUUCACGAUAGCGGCGACGGUCCAUUUGGUGGGCAUCACGUUUUACGGCAUUUUCGCAUCGGGCGAACUGCAACCGUGGGCUGAACCGACCGUCGAAGAGCAACGAGCCUGGGAUCCGGUUGGUUCGGGGUACGAGAAGGAAACCACCUUCAACGAGGCUGGGGACGGUGGAGCAGCGUCCCCGUCGGGGGGAAUGAUGGACCCGUCGGCACAGAUCAACACCACCAAGACGGUGUCGUACGGUGCGGUCCAGCAGCACGUGGCCAACAAUCCGUUCGCCUAUCCGACUGCGAUCAGUGAGGAAACGGUACAGCCGGAAGCGAGGGACACCUACUUACACGGCAACCCGACCGAGCGUACGUAUUGACCUGUGCGCGCUAAGAAAACCGUAACAUUUAGUAUGAACUAGAGAGGGCAUGCAGCGAAACUAUGUUUAAAAGCUGUGCUGUUUUUGUUUGUUCCGUGCAUUUGUUUGGCAGAAAAGUGCAAUAGUAAUCGUAUAUUGUAACAAUGUUCAGCUCGAUGGAAGAGGGUGGACAGGCGACACGCGAGCAAUGAGCAAACUGAAAUACAAAAAAGUAAAAUUAACCCUGCUUAAGCAAUUACAACACUAGAUAGUAAUUAACAAAUACCAAAACAAAAACAUACACAAACAAGUAGCAAAGAGGCACAUUGUAUUUACAACGUCGAAGGGUGUACAUACACUAACAGAAAAAAAAACACUGACAUAAGUAUUUAAAAGAUAUAUGCGUACAUGCCAUAAUAAUAUACAUAUACAUACAGUGGCCGGCAAAAUAAAGUGGCCACUACUUACAUUUUCACAUUUUUCUAAUUUUUUUUCGUUAAAAGUGAAGCUAUCUUUGUGUUAUAUUUUUUUAAACAAUCUUCAUUCUUUGCUCUUAAAUGUGCAAUCAAAAUUUAUUGAAAAAAUCAAAGGUUUACCAGUAC